AUGAAUCAAGUGGGAAAACAAGUGAAUGAAAUUAUGUUCGUGGAUGAAAAUGUGGACGAAUUAGUACGGCAAAACACCUUGACAAUCCUGAUGGAAAAAUUCGACGACCCAUCUAAGCAAGCCAAAGAACGGGGUAAUGUCCUGGACGAAAACCCAGAUGAAAUAGUUGUUAACCAAACAACUGAUUAUGUGCCAUCAAUAACGUCGUCUAAGUGUCUCGGUCCAAACCAGCCCAUCCUAUCAGAAUAUCCAACCAAAUUGCUUGGAAGUGAACCAUAUCCCCGGCGAUUUAACCCUCAAUUGUACAAAAAAUACCCAUGGAUCACUUAUGAAAUCGAGAACGAUCAGUGUGUGUGCUUUUCCUGUAGAGAGUUUGAAAAUGAUGAUUCAUUUGUAUUUGACAAUUGGAAAAAAACAGAUAAACUUUCCAAACACGGAAGAUCUGAGAAGCACAUAACAUCCAUGACUAAGUGGGCAUUGUCUAUAGCCAAUCAGAAACGGGACACAUCCGUCCUAGAGCAAAUUCACGGUGCUCAUAAGCAACAAGUAAUAAGCAACCGGCAAUACCUUCAAGUUAUUUUAGAGUGUCUCAUGUUUCCUGCCCAGCAAAACAUUGCCAUGAGAGGACAUGUGGAGGAUAGGAGAAAUAUAUGGGAAGUCUCAGAUAUAAACAGAGGGAAUUUUCUUGAGUUAUUGCACUUUAGAUGCAAGGAUUUGCCAUGGCUGAAACAGAAGCUUCAAAGUCAACUUGAAGCACACGCCCAGUGGACAUCGCCACUCAUUGGCAUAGUUUCGGAUAUGGUGCUAAAGAGGAUCACGAAUGAAGUAAGAAACAGUGGUCACUACAGCAUAAUUGUCGAUGAGACGGCAGACUGCAGCAGAACAGUACGGAAGCCCAGAGGCGACAGCAUAAAACCACUUUUGUAUUUUACAUUUUUGUGUUUUAUAUUUUGUAUUUUGGUGUUUUGUAUUUUGGUGUUUUAUAUUUUGUAUUUUUGUGUUUUAUAUUUUGUAUUUUACAUUUUUGUGUUUUAUAUUUUGUAUUUUUGUGUUUUAUAUUUUGUAUUUUAUAUUUUGUAUUGUAUAUUUUGUAUUUUAUAUUUUGUAUUUUAUAUUUUUGUGUAAUUAUAAUGUUCUUAGACGUGGAAUUAUAGGCAUUUAGUAAUACAAAUUGUGAUAUUUAACAACAAUACAUAUGUCAAAACAUGAUUACAAGCUAUAGAGACAUUGUAUUCGCGAAAUGCGUGUUACAUACUGAACGCUUGUUUAAAGAGCAUUAAAGUGCGAAUUUUUUCGCGCGAAGCGAAUUUUUCUUUUGUCUUUAUCCAAUUAGUUCCACAUGGUUUCAGUUGACAGACCAAAGACAAAGGAAAAAUUCGCUUCGCGCGAAAAAAUUCGCAAGUGGAAAACCGGCAUUACUCCCGUAACUAGAAAAUACAUGCAUGCAGAAACCCUCGCCUUGCUGACAAAACCGUUGUAUUUUCCGAACAUGAAGUAUCUAAAGUAGUUGUCAUGGUAACACGAUAAUUUUUUAAGAAUAUUCUUACAAAUGAAAAUCGCCUAAAAAUAUCACUUUUAAUUACAAAAUUAUCAACUUCCCAACAUAUAUAUGUUAGGUAUGUAAUUAUACGUAAUACAAGCUUCAAUUUAAGGUAAAAUUCAACCACAAACAAUUCACAAAACGUUUUAAAGUGUUCUUUAUAAAACUAAGCUGCCUUUUAAAUAACUAUUAAAUGGCUUUAUCGAUAAACUUUGAGUUUGCAAUAAAAUGAUUUCAAAUUCUCGCUUGCAAAUAACUUUGCUUUAUUUUUUAUUUAAAAAAUUCAAUAUAAUAAAAAAGGGAAUCAAUAUUAAAGAUACACUGAAAUUAUAUGCUGUCUUGUUUAGUUGUUCAUAUACGCAAAGGCCGUCGGGUUUUAAAGCCAUUACAAAAUCAAUAUUUAAAACAAACUUACCUUCGUUAACGUCGGCUCCCUUCUUUUAGCUGAUUCUUUCGCCCUUUCUUUCUUGAAAUUUACAAAAUCUUGCAGAAAUACGAGCAAAAAUGAAGAAUAUUUGCAAGAAAUUUAUCAAUCAUCAACUCAUCAAAUCAAGAAAUGUUUGCUAUUUCGCUGUCGUCAUGCAGUCGUUAUAAUGCAAACUUUAAAUUGGACCAAUCAGUGUCCGUUAUUCAUGACAGUCCGCCAUAUUUUUGAGAUCAGUGAGGAUGACCACCCAUCGUUGGUGACCGACGCCCGCGCUCAUUGAUGAACUUUAGACUUCGCUAAUGCUUUCGUUUCCCCGGGUGUAAAUAGCCGGGGGGAAUUAGUACCCUCGCACGGCGCUUCGCGCCGCCGGCUCGGGGAAUAUUCUGCAUGACGAAUAUGCUAAUUAACUAGAAAAUACAUGCAUGCAGAAACCCUCGCCUUGCUGACAAAACCAUUGUAUUUUCCGAACAUGAAGUUCCAAAGUAGUUGUCAUGGUAACACGAUAAUUUUUUAAGAAUAUUCUUACAAAUGAAAAAUCGCCUAAAAAUAUCACUUUUAAUUACAAAAUUAUUAAUUUCCCAACAUAAAUAUAUGUUAGGUAUGUUAUUAUACGUAAUAUAAGCCUCAAUUUAAGGUAAAAUUCAACCACAAACGCUACGCAAAACGUUUUAAAGUCACUAGUGUUCUUUAUAAAACUAAACUGCCUUUUAAAAUGGCUUUAUCGAUAAACUUUGAGUUUGCAAUAAAAUGAUUUCAAAUUCUCGCUUGCAAAUAACUCAGUGCUUUCUUUUUUAUUUAGAAAUUCAAUAUCAUAUUUAAAAAAGGGAAUCAAUAUUAAUUAAAGAUACACUAAAAUUAUAUGCUGUUUGUUUAGUUGUUUCAUAUACGCAAAGGCCGUCGGGUUUUAAAGCCAUUAUAAAAUCAAUAUUUAAAACAAACUUACCUUCGUUAACGUCGGCUCCCUUCUUUUAGCCGAUUCUUUCGCAGUUUCAUUUUGAGAGAGCUUUUGAAAUUUACAAAUCUUGCAAAAAUGCGAGUAAAAAUGAAGUAUAUUUGCAAGAAAUUUAUCAAUCAUCAAAUCAAGAAAUGUUUGCUAUUUCGCUGUCGUGAUGCAGUCGUGCCAGUCGUUAUAAUGCAAAAUUUAAACUGGACCAAUCAGUGUCCGCUAUUCAUGACAGUCCGCCAUAUUUUUGAGAUCAGUGAGGAUGACCACCCAUCGUUGGUCACCCACGCCCGCGAUAUUUGAUGAACUUUAGACUCCGCUAAUGCUUUCGUUUCCCCGGGUGUAAAUAGCCGGGGGGAAUUAGUACCCUCGCACGGCGCUUCGCGCCGUCGGCUCGGGGAUAAGGCUCGGUUCAGAUGGCAAGCGCUUCAUUUCUUACGGUACAACUGCACAAGUUCGGCAACUGAUAAUUUAGAGUUUAGACGCCGCUCUUCUAGAUUUGUCAUACUUAUAUAUCGUUGUAUUAUGGGUUCGGCGCAUGAGAAAGUUCGCCGUCUAAACCGAGUCUAAGGCUGUCUGCAUGGCGAAUUCGGUAUGCGUGAUCUCAGUUAUUGAUAUGCGCGCGAUAAUGCUCUUUAUUUAAACAAGCGUUCAGUAUGUAACACGCAUUUCGCGCAGUAAAAUACAAUGUCUCAAUAGCUUGUAAUCACAUUUGACAUAUGCAUUGUUGUAUAAAAGUAAAAAGCUGUGCUGAAACAUAAUAUAAACUAAGUAAAAAUAUAAAAGUGAAAAUAUAAAAGUAAAAAUAUAAAAGUGAAAAUAUAAAAGUGAAAAUAUAAAAGUUAAAAGUGAAAAUAUAAAAGUGAAAAUAUAAAAGUGAAAAAAUAAAAGUGAAAAUAUAAAAGUGAAAAUAUAAAAGUGAAAAUAUAAAAGUAAAGUUAGAGAUGUGCGUCUAAGCAGGAAGACCACCUGGGGCUAUGGUAUGUGAGGCUGUAGAUAAAAGGCGGGCGGACGACGGACGACGGGAGCAUUUUAUAAACACAUGAUUACUACCGCAACUAAUUAUAAUACCCUAUAAAUUAAAGUACAACAGCCUUAGAUCUGUGAAAUGAAUAUCUUUUCACCCGUUCGAAUUUUUAGCCAUGGAAUUUAAUUUAAUCAGCACUCAAUAUGUAUUAUGAUAAGAGGCUAUUCGCCGUCUUUCGCGUGAAACUUUUGGAAAUAUUGUAAAAAAGCGCCUUAGUUUUGGUGCUUCUGUAUAUAACUGCCCUAACACUGCCAUUGAAUUAAAUAUUAUUAGGAGGGACUAUUACAUGACAUUCACUUGCUGUCAUUUUCAUACUUUACAUUGCGCUGACCUAGCCUCCUCCGCAGGCAUCGCCUUUCGAUUAUGGGGCAAAGCGCUGACAUAUAAUCCCCGUUUUACUUACUAAAAGGCUAACACGUGCAAAGGUCCAUUCAUGUGAGUGCUUAUACACAUUACUAUUCCACUGUGUAUAAAUGUAGAACGAAAUUAUAACCUUUCCUAAGCCUUUCAAAUACAUUUAAAAUACUCAUUAAAAAUUCAUAAACCUUGUGGCAAAUCAUGUCAGCCAUAAUAUGUCACGUGAAGUGACUUUAUAUCUGAUAAAACUCAUCUUCAUUAGUAUUCUUUAUGGGUAUGGCUAAAGGGAGACUUACCAACCGGAGAGUAAUCUCGGAGAGAUAUGAUUUCGGAGAUUUAUGUUCGAACCACGCCCACUUUUCCAAACGACCACACCCAACUUCUUAACUCUCCCGACGUUUCCUUGAACUAACAUGAGAGAGUUAUGUUUGACGUAACUCUCUCUCGUUAACAUUAUGAAGAUGUUAGAGAGUUAUCAUGUUUUAUAACGUUCCGACGAUUGUGGCAAUGAAGAGAGUUAUGUCAGUUUUUUGAGAAAACUUUAGUAAAGCUUGUUUCUUCAGAUUUUCAUCUUAUAUUUUGGUAUUUCAGUUUGUAGCGUGUCAAUAGCGUGCGUCCAAACAGAACUGAAUAGUACAACUUGACUCGGUCAAAACAAUGAGAUGCUUGCAUCAGAAGGGUCAAAGUACCCCCAGAAGCAUGCUUUGACGUGUAUUUGGCAGUAAAUACGGUAAGCAUAGUUGCAAGAAAAUUGAAAAAAUUAAGAAAAUUGAAUCUUUCAGCAAUUCAGGUUUUGGAAAUAUUUUCCCAGAUCAGCCAAUAGGGCAUUACAUGCAUUGGAAAGGUUUUCUGGUUCCAUCUAAUACGAGAGCUGUAUCUGAAUGCUGGGCUUUGUAGAUAAUCCAAGUGAGCAUGUAUAAUAAUUUAUUUACUCGUACUCGCUUCACUUGGUAAGUACCAAAUUACUACAAGUUUCUACUAGCGUGAAAUAUUAAAGCUGAAACUUGAGAAAAAAGUAAAUUCACAAUAAUUUUACUAGAAUGUGGAAGUUUUUUUCAAAAAACUGACGGACAUAACUCUCUUCAUUGGCAUUGCCACAAUCGUGAACGCGGUGAGUUAUAAAAAAUGAUAACUCUCUAACAUCUUCAUAAUGUUAACGAGAGAGAGUUACGUCAAACAUAACUCUCUCAUGUUAGUUCAAGGAAACGUCGGGAGAGUUAAGAAAUUGGGUGUGGUCGUUGGGGAAAGUGGGCGUGGUUUGGACGUGGUUCGAACAUAACUCUCCGAAAUCAUAACUCUCUGAGAGAUAACUCUCCGCUUCAUAACUCUCCGUUUAGCCGGUCCCAUUCUUUAUAUAAUUGUUCAUCCUAAUUAGUAUGAUUAUAUAAUUGUUCAUCCUAAUUAGUAUUCUUUUGUAGUCGUAUUUUAAGCUAUUCAGAACACUCGAACUCGCGUUUUAUCAUAUCUAAAACGCUCGGCUGCGCCUCGCGUUUUAAAUACGAUAAAACACUCCUUCUCGUGUUUUAAAUACUAGGUAAUAGAAUACCCAAUAUUUACGCUGCUGCUCAACUUACAUUGCCCAAGUUGACAUAUAUACAUUUUUCAAACAGCUUGUUACACUGAUUACUGUGUGACAUUUACAUAUAUAGUAGAUAUUAUAAUAUAUCAUAUUUACAUAAAUAUGUCAGGAAAUUACAAAUAUAUACAAUUGUAAAUAUACUACAAUUGUGAACAUUCGCAUGUCCAAACUUUAUAAAAAAUUCUCUUAAAUCACGAUCCAUAGCCUAUACUCAAUACCCAGUACUACCUAUAUGUGUCCACGAAAUAAAACAAUCGUUGAAGAGCCUUGAAUGACAGAAAAAUAUCGAGCAGCAUUAGGAGGUUUAAAAACUGAUUAUUGGGCUCAAUGAAAAUCCACCCCAUCAAAUGGUCAACCCUUAAUACAUAAUAUUUCUAAAACCCAUAUAUAGAAUAGUCGUCGCAUGCAAAUCGGCCAUUUCUACGUGUGAACCUCUUAGGUUUAUAAUUAAAACUGAGAUUAUUUUCAUUAUAAAACAACAAGUCAGCACUAUUUAAAGCACGAAAAUGUCUGCAAGUUAAUGUCAUCAUCAUUUAAUUCUGCCAAACAAACGCUCCAAAACUAAGGCGCUUUUUUGCAAUAUUUCCAAAAGUUUAGGUUUCCCGAGAAAGACAGCGUAUAGCCAUCAUACAUUAGUAUUAAAUUAAAUUCCAUUGCUAAAAAUUCGAACGGGUGAAAACAUAUUCCUUUCACAGAUCUAAGGCUAGUAGCCUGGUAUACUUUAAUUUAGGGUAUUAUAAUUAGUUGUGGUAGUAAUCAUGUGUCUAUAAAAUGCUCCGCCGUCCGUCGUCCGCCUUUUAUCUACAGCCUCACAUACCAUAGCCCCAGGUGGUUUUCCUGCUUAGACGCUCAUCUCUAACUUCACUUAUAUAUUUUCACUUUUAUAUUUUCACUUUUAUAUUUUCACUUUUAUAUUUUCACUUUAAUAUUUUUACUUUUAUAUUUUUACUUUUAUAUUUUCACUUUUAACUUUUAUAUUUUCACUUUUAUAUUUUCACUUUAAUAUUUUUACUUUUAUAUUUUUACUUUUAUAUUUUUACUUUUAUAUUUUCACUUUUAUAUUUUCACUUUUAUAUUUUCACUUUUAUAUUUUCACUUUUAUAUUUUAACUUUUACAGUUUUAGGCACAACUUAUUUUGACAGUAAGAAAGUUUUUAGGCCAUGCGUAUAAAGACGGUUACAUGCCCGAAAGCUGGAUUCGGCUUUAGUGCGAUACGCAGUAGAAUUCCGGCCAUGUCAUCAGCCGACGAUAUCGUGUUUUCGGUUGCAAGUCAGACGUCAAUGAAAUGCUGAAUCACAUACCAUAGCCCCAGGAGGUCUUCCUGCUUAGACGCUCAUCUCCAACUUUAACUUUUAUAUUUUCACUUUUAUAUUUUCACUUUUAUAUUUUCACUUUUAACUUUUAUAUUUUCACUUUUAUGUUUUUACUUUUAUAUUUUCACUUUUAUAUUUUUACUUAGUUUAUAUUAUGUUUCAGCUCAGCUUUUUACUUUUAUACAACAAUUAUGCAUAUGUCAAACAUGAUUACAAGCUAUAGAGACAUUGUAUUUUACUGCGCGAAAUGCGUGUUACAUACUGAACGCUUGUUUAAAUAAAGAGCAUUAUCGCGCGCAUAUCAAUAACUGAGAUCACGCAUACCAAAUUCGCCAUGCAGACAGCCUUAGACUCGGUUUAGACGGCGAACUUUCUCAUGCGCCGAACCCAUAAUACAACGAUAUAUAAGUACGACAAAUCUAGAAGAGCGGCGUCUAAACUCUAAAUUAGUUGCCGAACUUGUGCGGUUGUACCGUAAGAAAUGAAGCGCUUGCCAUCUGAACCGAGCCUUAUUACGGGAGUAAUGCUAAUUAAUAGUAAUGCUAACUAAAUAAUAAACAAGCGUUCAGUAUGUAACACGCAUUUCGCGCAGUCAAAAUACAAUGUCUCUAUAGCUUGUAAUCAUGUUUUGACAUAUGUAUUGUUGUUAAAUAUCACAAUUUGUAUUACUAAAUGGCUAUAAUCCCACGUCUAAGAACAUUAUAAUUACAAAAAAUAUAAAAUACAAAAUAUAAAUACAAAAUAUAAAACACAAAAAUACAAAAUAUAAAACACAAAAAUGUAAAAUACAAAAUAUAAAACUCAAAAAUACAAAAUAUAAAACACAAAAUACAAAAUACAAAAGUAAUUUUAUGCUGUCGCCUCCGGGCUUCUGUAGAACAGAGCAAGUAUCAUUAUGUCUAAGGUACGUUUUCGCAGGUCAGACAAAGGAAACUUUUGUUGGGUUUUACACAACUCCAUCAACCGAAGGGGAAAUUCUAUAGGAGCUCGUGAAGACGUCUAUCAACAAGCUUGGCUUGAAGCUAGAAGAUAUUGUGGGAAAGUGUUUCGAUGGAACUGCAAAUAUGAGCGGGGUCUAUAAAGGACUAGCGACGCGCAUGAAAGAAUGCUCUCCACUUAGCGUUUAUGUCCACUGCUAUGGACAUCUUCUAAAUCUUGCAUAUUAAUAUUGAAUCAAUGCGUAACGCCCUUGGAAUAAUCCAAAGCCUCUACAAUUUCCUUGAAGCCAGCCCGAAACGCCACAGGUUGUUCCAAGACAUUCUGAUCGAUGAAGAUCAUAUCAACCUAACACUCAAGUCUUUGAGUCUAACUCGAUGGUCAUGUCGGGAGGCUGUAAAGGCUGUAGAAGAACAAAUGCCAUGAAUCGUUCAAUCACUCCUUACUCUUUCGAAGGACCGUGAUCCUAAAACAUACAGAGAUAGCAAGUCUUUACUUAUUGCAAUUUGUGAUUUUCAAUUUAUAUUUUGUUUCCGAGUGCUUAAGGUGAUCCUUUCUAAUACGGAUAGUCGAAGCAAGUAUCUACAAGGAAAGGAUAUGGACGUCAUCACUGCCAAGAAGACUGCUGAUUCAACCAUUAGAGAGUUUCCGAAAACAUAACGGCGACGGCAACGCGAGACCGGUAGUUUUAUGAAACUGCGCAUGCGCAAGUCAGAGGAAACCCCAAAUUGACGUUCUCGUUUCACGCGACCGACGUGAAGUAAAUAAACUUCACGUUGCAGCUACGACGCGAGAUCAAGGGAGAAAACAUGGCUGCUUUGGCCUCGACUUCCUCGACUUUGGCCGCUCAGGAGAAACAAAAAAGGUAGAUAUAUGUUUAUUUUGACCUGUACUUGCACUCCAACAUGAUUUAUACGACAAAACAAAGUGUUUUGAUGCAUAGUGGGGCAAUGGCUAGUGUCGUCAGGAUGCGUUUGCCAGUAAUUUCGAUUCGUUAAACAAAGCAACAAAAUAUACCUAAACGUUCCUCGAACGUUUCGACAAAAGCCCUUUGUCAAAUAUUGCUGGGAACCUAUAAAUUGACCUUUUCUAUGUGGGACGUUUCUAGAUUUGUCAUGUAAUGGUUGCAAGCAUAGUAGCUCUCACUUGUUGGUUUAACUUUAUAGAUGGGCAAAUUUUGUUUUAAUACAUUUCUGUUUGUUUACUUAAUAGUAUUAAACCUAUGUGCUGGACUACAAGGCAUGAUGACCUAUUUAUUCGUGAGAUCCUUAUGUUCGAGCCAUGGAAUUUCAAGAAAGGUUCACCCGAAAGAGGGAAUUGUUGGAAAAGUAUUGCUGAAAGCUUAAAUCAAAUUGUUGACCCUUCAUUCAGGGUGGAAGACAGAUCUGUCAGUGAUAGAUUUAAAUUGCUGGAGAAAAAAUAUAUUAAAAAAACGAAUGAAAUGGAUCGAGCAUCAGGGAUUGCACCAGAGGAAGAGAGUGAGAUGGAAAAAGGCUUGCGUGAAAUUAUUGAAUUGUUUAAGGACAGUGAUUUGACAAAGCAUCUGGAAAAGGAAAAGCAAAGAGAGGCAAUGGAUAAUGAAAUGCAGCAAGCAGAGGAACUGCGGUUGCAAUCUCUUGAAACUAUAGGAGAAACCUCCAGAAGGAAAGGUAGCGAUAGAGAAGAGACAGCACCAAAACGAAGGAGGUCUGACGACACCAUAAAUUAUUUGAGAGAGAAGAGUGAGAAAGAAAUGCAUGUGCGACAACAAGAGUUGGAACUUAAGAAAGCUGAACUGGAGGAGAAGAAGACAGAAUCAGAGAGACUAUAUCAGAUGAUUAUGCAACAAAAUGAACAAAAUCAAGCUUUGUUGCAGCAACAACAACAAGUUAACCUUGCUUUGAUACAAUUUUUAACAAAACAGAAUGAACAAAAGUAG